CCCACCCCAGCGGAUCCAUGUGGAAAGCCGCACACUUGAGAACGUGUUUAAAUGUUGAGGUAUAAUGUUGUAGCUAGCUAGCUCGGGUUAGCAAGCUCAGCAAGUUUGCUAGUACAGUUGUCCUGCCCGCUGGGCUGCUGGCUUGAUGAGGUUCGUGAUGAGGAGGAGGAUCAUGGAGCAGAUACGGGCGGACAACAGCACAGGGGGCCGGGCUAUUACCUGCAAGCGAUCGCUCGUAAUAUUUCUGAGCAGAGACAAAGUUUGGUUCAAACUAACGCAUAACUGAUUAACAUGAAGUGUCCGCUCACUGCAAAGUAAAAGCUAAGUUAGCUGAUCCCUGACAGUUGUUUUGAUGGCACUGUGUUCCUGUGUGCGCGCGUGCGUGUGCUGUCAGAAAUGGUAACAGCACAAGUCACCAGGUUAGCUCCUAGUUUCUUGGCUCCAAACUUGUUUUUGGGGUCUGUGGGGGUUUCUGAUCUACAAACUGCUCUUGCGUCUCACCUGGGUUCACGUAUCAGACUCACUGUACGUUUACUAACUUACAAGUGGCCUUUAUACCUGGUUACUAACACGGUCACUUAAACCAUAGUUCCCAGGCAGCGGUUAUCCGUGUCCUUAGGUGAAUGUAAAGGUGCAGUAGAUAGUUCAGUCCGUGUGGAUACCUGGAGAAGUGACAUGGAGUGGAAGGGGGGGGGCAUUGAGAGCUAGCAUUGUUUACGUUGUCAGUUAGUUCCUUGCUAAUAGCUUCCUGCUAGCAGCGACUGCUCCCUCCAGCUCCACUGUAACCGCACUGCUGUGUUUGCGGGUAAGUGUCUUUGUCCACUGCGAGUGAUGUUAAACCACGGUACCCCAUCCUCCACAGCCCAGUGUUAGCCUGGGAGCUAACUGGGCUGAUGACGAGGUAAAAAUGGCGGAUCUUUCGAAAUCCAACCCCGGCCUGAAAUAGUAACGCAGCCAACAGACAGCUUGUCGUAUUUUUCCCAGUCUUUGACCUAACUGGGACCAGUCGUGGGGGGGGGGGGUGUUUUCACGUGGAUGAGAGGAGCACAGUUUCUGUCGGUGGCUUACACACGGGGACGUGACAACAAUAGGAUCAGUCCACUGAGUGUGUGUGUGUGUGUGUGUGGGGAGGGUUCAUAUGUGUUUUUCGGUGGAUUAAUGUUGAGCAGAGAGCAGCAGGACAAAGAUACGCCUGCGAUGAUCGGUGCGGCCUAGCUAACCCCCCCAUCAGCUGUCAGCUUCUGUCAAAUUCACCAGAUCUCGUGAUUGCUGAAAACUUAUUCACAGUAUCAACAGAGAGCUGACACUUGGAUGCAAGGAUGGAUGUGGUGUCACCAGAGCUCAACAGCCUCCUGCCUGAUGAGAUCAUGGAUACUGAGGCCAUAGAGGACGUCCCUCACACACAACCUGAAGCCACCACCAUGGUCCAGUCAGAGGCCAGUGACGACACAUCGGUCCCCAUGGAAACGGAUACGCCCAUGGCUUCAGAGAGCUUGGGCCUGUGUUCAGGUGCCGCUUCAACAGAACACACUCGGGCUCUGACCACCUCCACGACCACAGACUCUGCACUCAGCAUCAUCUCGGGAAGUCAAAUUCCUAUCUCAAUUUCCAGUUCAUCGUCGCCCCUGCUAACCCUCAAAUCAGCCCUGUCCACAUCCACCAUCAAAACUACAGACUGUGUGACUGUCACUGCGACUGACUGUAGUGUCUCUACGAGUGGGUUAACGAGGCUCACGGCCCCGUUCACUAUCUCUCCCGCGAACCACCAGAUCAUUCUCAACAAGGUGGCCUCGUCUCAGGCCACUGAAGCGGCAAAGACUGCAGGCGUGUCACCCCAGGUCAUCAAGCAGGAUGGACAAAAACUCUUGGUUACAGCAAUAGGAAAGUCGGGGCAACCUAUAGUGCUGCAGUUACCCCACACGGGCAGCAAGCCUGGUGUUUUACAGACUUCAGGAGACACCAAGUCUCAAGCUACUCAGUUUAAAGUGGUGACCAUUGGUGGGAGAACGGAGCUGAAGCCGGUGCUGGGCGGUCCUUGCAACCAGUUGACCACAUUACAGGCUCAGCAGCUGAAGGCUGUACAGAUUGCGAAGAAAACACCAACGUCAUCCGCGGCACCAAUCAAGUUCAUCAUCACGAAAACUGUCAAUAGCAAAGGCCUCAGUCCUCAGACAUCAGUUCCUUCUGUUAUUACUGGACGGGUCCUGACACAGAAUUCCUCAGGGAUGCCUUCGAGGACCAUUACUCUCACUGAAACCCACAACACUAGUAUACAGACCCUCCCUGGCAAAAAGAUUGCUAUUUCACCCCUUAAGACUCCCAGCAAGGUAACUGUUGUAUCGGUGGCCUCACCAACCUCCAACUCCACUCAGAAGUCAGUAACGCUGCCUGUCAACGUAGCACUCGGCCAGCAGAUCCUCACAGUCCAACAGUCCACGUCUUCCUCUCCAGUCAAGGUGGCCACCAACCAAGGCAAUGUACAGAAUCUUAAAACAGUGCAGUCUAUGACUGUGGGAGGAGUCGGUGGCUCCCAGUUCAAGACCAUCAUCCCGCUGGCCACCCAGUCGAACGUGCAGCAGAUCCAGGUGCCAGGGAGCAGGUUUCACUACGUCCGCCUCGUCACAGCGACCACGGCAAGCAGCACAGGACAGGCCAGUGGUCCCAGCACCAGCUCCAUACAGACAGCUAAACCUAUGGUGGUCAGUACAGGAGCAGUGAGGAUGUCUGUCCCUAUCAUCCCAGCACAGACCAUGAAACAGGUGGCACCUAAGCCCUUGACAUCGGCAGCACAAGUAGUAACCACUCAGACCCAGCAACGCCUGAUCAUGCCUGCAACUCCACUCCCCCAGAUCCAGCCCAACUUCACCAACCUCCCUCCAGGCACCGUCCUGGCACCAGCCCCCGGGGGCGGGAAUAUGGGCUAUGCGGUGGUGCCAGCACAAUACGUUACACAGCUCCAGCAGUCCCCCUUUGUGACCCUCGCCAGCAGCUCUGGUUUCCCUGCGGCCACUGGUAUCCAGACUCAGGCCAGACUGCCACUUAAUGGCUUGUCGACAGCAGAAGCGACCUCAAGACCAAGGAAACCAUGCAACUGCACCAAGUCACAGUGUCUCAAACUAUACUGCGACUGCUUUGCAAACGGAGAGUUCUGCAAUAACUGUAACUGCAACAACUGCUUCAACAACCUGGAGCACGAAACGGAACGUCUUAAAGCUAUAAAGACGUGUCUGGACCGAAAUCCAGAGGCCUUCAAACCUAAAAUUGGUAAAGGCAAAGAGGGAGAGUCGGACCGUCGGCACAGCAAAGGCUGCAACUGCAAGCGCUCAGGCUGCCUGAAGAACUACUGCGAGUGCUACGAGGCGAAGAUCAUGUGCUCGUCCAUCUGUAAAUGCAUCGGCUGUAAGAACUUUGAGGAGAGCCCGGAGAGGAAGACUCUGAUGCAUUUGGCCGAUGCAGCAGAAGUGAGAGUACAGCAGCAGACUGCAGCCAGGACCAAGCUGUCGUCACAGAUCUCAGACCUGCUCAUGAGGUCGACACCUGUUAUUUCAAGUGAAAGCGGGAGACUGCCAUACACGUUUGUAACAAAGGAGGUGCUUGAAGCGACGUGCGAGUGUCUGAUGGAACAGGCCAAAAAGGCAGAACAGACUCAUCAGCCUCAGGCUGAAGCAGAGAGGGUGAUCCUGGAGGAGUUUGGACACUGCCUCAUGAGGAUAAUUAGCUCCGCUGGGAAGGCCAAAGCAGACUGUGCCUCUAUCAACUGCUAGGCAGAGCCCUCCCAAGGCCCUCCACCCUCUAACCUGCCAUGGCUAAGGAGCUAAGAGGCACAGAUUACUCUGCAUUCUGUCUCGGACCCCUGGAGUUUCUCUCCUGCAGGAAAACAGGUUGUCUCCCUCAUCAGGAGGCAGAACAAAGUAAAAGGAUUCCCCUGCCUGGGCCGAGCUAAGGCCAGCUGGAAUAAUAAACAUGGAACAGUUGUUUGCGCUGUUCACCCUCUAACUGAAGGACAAAUGGACACCGCAUAUGGUGGAUCUGCCUUCAGAACUGUUAAUCGCACCCAUUCACCUGGCUGUGAUGGAUAGAAAUGACUGAGAGAGGAAGUGCUGAACAGGAUUAUAAACAUCUCCUCACUUUAUUUUCCCUACAGGGCCCUAUCAAAUCUGUGUUCUCCACACUUUCGUUGAUCCAUUUUUAUUCUAUUUUUACUUUCUGUCUUUCCCAUGUUGAAGUUUUUUGAAAAGAAUGCCUGUAAUUUUUAUGUAAUCCGUACAUUUGUGCUUACAGUAGACAAGCAGAACAUGUAUCUUUUGAUAUUUAUUUUGACAAAUAUUUGUGAGCGCUAAUAUUGUGUGGCUUAUAGUGCUGCAAACUGUUAAUUAUUCACUGCGGCUAGGCUAAAUUGUUUUAAUGAAAAUGAUUAGAAGAGGUUUUUAUCAUAAAUGCAGUUGUAAUAUGAAUGCACACGUAAUGCAUUAUGCUCUCUCACACAGACACAGCACUGCUGAGAAUAGUUGGCUAGCCUGGCAGAGGGACACAUUUUUAUCUGGUGCUGCUUUCUGUUUUACAUGCUUACUGUACAUUAAAAACACCAUCAAUUAGAAAAUAAUUGAGACUUGUUAAGUUUGGUCCCUGAAAUCUAAAGUUACCUCAUCCGUCCAAAGCUGCUCUGAUGGGGCACAGACACAUUACAGAGCAGGAAAAACACAUAACAUUAAACAUGGCUGCUUCUCAUUUACAUUUUUCCCCUUCCAAAGUCCUGGUGUUGUUUGCCGGCUCACUUUAGGUGCCUGAAAGCUUUUUUCCCCCCCCUCAAUUAAUUGUUUUGUCUAUAAAAAUGUAAAAGAAAAAAAAUUGGAAUGAAUGCCCAAGGUUACAUCUUCAACUGCCUUUUUUGUUUGUCUUUUUUUUUCUUUUUUUUUUUUACCAAUCAAAAUUUGAUGACAGUGAUGUUUUUUUUGACAGGUUACUGACAAUGAAACCUAAUCAAACCAGUCAUACAGUCAUUAUGAAGCAAAUUAGCUGAAUUUUGAAGUGUUAAAUUAUAGAUAAGUCUGGUUUUAUUAAAAAUGUUUAUCCAAAA